GGGUUGAAGAAUCUUAAUCUAGAAUCAUGUUCCUAGAUUCGAGUGCGUGCCUCUCAUUGGCUUGCUGUUUGCCUCUUUUUCUGUAGUCUUGUUUGUAAAACACCUAAAGCGCUUGGAACAGUCUAGCAUGUACUAACUGUUUAAUAAAUAGUAGCUAUGAUUGUUAUUUCUCAGUUUUCAUUGGAUAGUUAACAUGAGAAUUUUUUUUUUUUUCUUGGUGGUGGAGAGAGUUCAGUCUUCAAGACCGAAGCAUAGGCAGUUAAACAUGGGCCAUGCAAGCUCGAAUGAUUUAAGAAGACUGUACAGAGUGUGCUGGCAACAUUAGAUGAAGAGACUAGGGAAGGCUUUUGUGGGGGGAGUCCAGGGGUCAGGAUGGUGCUGAGUAACCUCUCAUUUCUUCCUUUCUUUGCUGGAUCUGGAGGCAUGGGUAGCAAGAAACUAAGACGAGUGGGUUUAUCACAAGAACUGUGUGACCGUCUGAGCAGACAUCACAUUGUGACCUGUCAGGACUUUUUAUGUCUUUCCCCACUGGAACUUAUGAAGAUGACUGGUCUGAGCUAUAAAGGUGUCCAUGAACUUCUGUGUCUGGUCAGCAGGGCCUGUGCUCCACAGAUGCAAACGGCUUACGGGAUAAAGAUACAGAAGUCUGCCAAUCUGUCCUCGGCGUUUUUACCUACCACCCUUGCUGCUUUGGAUGAAGCGCUGCAUGGUGGUGUGGCGUGUGGCUCCCUCACCGAGAUUACAGGUCCACCAGGUUGUGGAAAAACCCAGUUUUGCAUAAUGAUGAGUGUAUUGGCUACAUUACCCACCAACAUGGGAGGUUUAGAAGGAGCUGUCGUAUACAUUGAUACAGAGUCUGCAUUUAGUGCUGAAAGGCUGAUUGAGAUAGCGGAAUCCCGCUUUCCCAGAUAUUUUAACACUGAAGAAAAGUUAAUUUUGACAAGUAGUAAAGUUCAUCUUUAUCGGGAACUCACCUGUGAUGAAGUUCUACAACGGAUCAAAUCUUUGGAAGAAGAUAUUAUUUCAAAAGGUGUUAAACUUGUGAUUGUGGACUCUAUUGCUUCUGUAGUCAGAAAAGAAUUUGACACACAACUUCAAGGCAAUAUGAAAGAAAGGAACAAAUUCUUGGCUAAAGAAGCAUCUUUACUGAAACAUGUGGCAGAGGAGUUUUCAAUACCAGUUAUCUUGACGAAUCAAAUUACAACGCAUCUGAGUGGAGCCCUUGCUGCUCAGGCAGACCUGGUGUCUCCCGCUGAUGAUUUGUCCCUGACUGAAGGCACUUCUGGAUCCAGCUGUGUGGUAGCUGCCCUGGGAAACACCUGGAGUCAUAGUGUGAACACCCGGCUGAUUCUUCAGUACCUUGAUUCACAGAGAAGACAGAUUGUCAUCGCCAAGUCCCCUCUGGCUCCAUUCACAUCAUUUGUCUACAGCAUCAGGCAGGAAGGCCUGGUUCUUGAAGGCUAACUGAGGCCAUAGGGGUACCGUGACCUUUGUCUAGAGCUGAUGGGGGUGUGAUUUGUGAAAUGAAACAGGACUAUGCUGCUUGGAAGAAGGAAACGGAAGCCAACAUAAUGAGGAUUAAUUAGCUGAUUGCUGUUGAGAUGGUAACAGAUUUGUUCCUAGACCAUGGAGCCUGUGAUUUCGGACCUAGCAGGGAAGGUGAAAACGAAGAAGCUUUUGUUCAGGACUCAAGAUGUGUGUAAGGCUGAGGUCUUUGCACUUACAUAGCACCUUUCAACCAGGCACCGCAAAGCCGUUUAGCCACAUUCAUUAAUUAAAGCCCACAAUCUUCCUGGGGAGAGGAGGAGGGUGACUAACAAGAUUUGUAAUUACAGGAGGGAACAUUUCCGAAUAAAGUAUUGUCCACCAAAUAAAGAGAGUGGUGUAAAGGAAUUGGGGGUCUCCCAAGAGUAACGGAUUCAGAAAUGAAAUCAUGGACUGAUGGGGAAGGCUGGGCGGGCGUGAGUGUGGAGGCACGCCUCUGUGUCACUGGGAGGUCUGUGACCUCAGAAUUCACUGACAGUUUCGGGUCCAACCACGAAGAGUAUGUAUGGUAUUAGUGGCAUUUGGAAGGUCAUUAGUGGCCUAACUAUUGUCGUGUAAAUGCAACUUCCCCUGGUAUAUUGUUGUAUCACCCUGCAGAACAAAGAGUGAGAUUCAGAGCCGUAUUUAAUAAAGGAUGAAAUGAUUUCUAUAGAUUUCAGACCCAAAGCUGGGCCAGUCAAUUAGCAAAUAAAUCAAUUGGUGACCCAUGGGGUAAUUUAGUGCUUCCCAGCAGAAUACCCAGUCUAUGAAUUCCUACUGCUCUGAGGCCCCGGAGCAAAGCAUCAGAUGAGGUCUUUCAGUGCAGUGUCCGGGACUUUAACCCCUUCCGAAGUCAGGCAUUA